UUCUUGAGGCUGCAGCUUUUCCAUUCAAGCAUGUUGUCUUGUGGAGGGGAAAAUCAUGGGAGGAGAAAUAUGGUGUCGUGUUUUCGUGUUGUUGAGCCUGAGGAUUCACCACGCUCCGCCCCGCCGACCCUUGGACAGUUUUUGAAUUAUUACGGGGACGUUCGGAAGGAAGAAUCAGGUGAUGGGGGCGACACGCCGGAGCACCGUGCACUUGAUAUGACUGACGUCGGACUUGAGCAGCGCUCUGUGCCUUUUGUGCUCGAGUUUAGCAACCUCAUGUACAGUGUGAAGGUUCGCCGGAAAAUGAGCUUCUCAAUGCUUUAUCCGAAGUUGAAGGGAGCGGCCGCGGCGGAUGAUGGAACUAAGACUCUGCUGAAUGAUAUCUCCGGAGAGGCACGCGACGGAGAGAUCCUCGCCGUUAUGGGGGCUAGCGGGUCAGGGAAAUCAACUCUGAUCGACGCCUUGGCUAAUCGAAUUGCCAAGGGAAGCUUGAAAGGAAAAGUGACGUUGAACGGCGAGGCCUUAGAAUCGCGGCUUCUGAAAGUGAUAUCGGCAUAUGUAAUGCAAGACGAUCUUCUCUUUCCGAUGCUCACGGUGGAAGAGACUCUGAUGUUCGCCGCCGAUUUCCGAUUGCCUCGCACGCUCUCAAGGUCCAAGAAGAAGAUGCGAGUACAAGCUCUCAUCGACCAGCUCGGUCUCAGGAAUGCCGCCAAAACCGUCAUUGGCGACGAAGGCCACCGAGGGGUUUCCGGCGGCGAACGUCGCCGUGUCUCCAUAGGCAUUGACAUAAUCCACGACCCCAUCAUCUUGUUCCUCGACGAACCAACCUCAGGGCUCGAUUCCACAAGCGCAUACAUGGUGGUGAAGGUUUUGCAGAGAAUCGCACACACCGGAAGCAUCGUGAUCAUGUCCGUGCACCAACCUAGCUCCCGACUCCUCGGACUCCUCGACAGAAUGAUCUUCUUGUCUCGCGGCCAAACAGUGUUCAGUGGCUCACCCAUGCAACUUCCGAUCUUCUUCUCUGAAUUCGGACACCCAAUACCAGAAAACGAGAACCGAACCGAGUUCGCUCUGGACCUGAUUCGCGAGCUCGAAUCCUCACCUGGGGGAACAAAGAGCUUGGUCGAGUUCAACAAGUCGUGGCAAAGCAUCAUGAAUCAUCCAGGAAUCAGAAACGAGAAGAUUAAUCAGAACGAUUUGUCUCUGAAAGAAGCCAUUAGUGCGAGCAUCUCCAGAGGAAAACUGGUUUCAGGUGCGACAAACACCAACAACGUAAGCCCAACUUCGAUGGUUCCAACGUUCGCGAAUCCAUUCUGGGUUGAAAUGGUGAAACUUUCGAAAAGAUCAUUCACCAAUUCACGUAGAAUGCCUGAACUGUUUGGGAUUCGAUUGGCUGCCAUUUUAGUAACUGGGUUUAUUCUCGCCACCAUGUUUUGGCAAUUAGAUAACUCUCCAAAAGGCGUCCAAGAAAGACUCGGCUUCUUCGCUUUCGCCAUGUCCACCACUUUCUACACCACCGCCGACGCACUUCCGGUGUUCCUCCAAGAACGAUACAUUUUCAUGAGAGAAACUGCUCACAACGCUUACCGGCGAUCAUCCUAUCUCAUAUCCCACGCCCUGGUUUCGCUACCUGCAUUGCUUAUACUCUCACUGGCUUUUGCAGCGACGACGUUUUGGGCGGUGGGGCUCGACGGAGGAUUACAAGGGUUCUUCUUCUACUUCCUCGUCAUCUUCGCUUCGUUCUGGGCCGGAAACUCCUUCGUCACCUUCCUCUCCGGCGUAGUACCUCACGUGAUGCUGGGAUACACAAUAGUGGUAGCUAUCUUAGCAUAUUUCUUACUGUUCAGUGGAUUCUUCAUCAACAGAGACAGAAUCCCAAGUUACUGGAUUUGGUUUCAUUACUUGUCUCUUGUGAAGUACCCAUAUGAAGCUGUUCUACAGAACGAGUUUGAUGAUCCAGUGAAGUGUUUCGUAAGAGGGGUUCAAAUUUUUGAUAAUACGCCGCUUGGGGUUGUGCCAGGAUCAACGAAAUUGAAGUUAUUGGAGAGUUUGAGCAGCACUUUGGGGACGAACAUAACCAGUUCAACGUGUUUGACGACAGGUUCUGAUAUAUUGCAGCAGAAUGGGAUUACACAGUUGAGCAAGUGGAAUUGCUUGUGGGUUACAGUGGGUUGGGGAUUCUUGUUUAGGAUUCUCUUUUACUUCUCUUUGUUGUUGGGAAGUAAGAACAAGAGGAGGUGAUGAUGAUAAUAACGACUUGGUUUUGUUAAAAUCAAGGGCUUUCAUAUUCUUUUGUUUUCUUUUAUUACGUUUGUAACUGGUCUUGUAAUAAGUGUUUGUGAUAUAUGGUACCAAACCAAGCAUUUG